GGAGUGAUGCAGGCAAACGUGGGAAACUCCUCUGACAUUCCCAGAAAGGAUACUUCCAGGAUCCCUGGUUCCAGUCUGAUUCUCAUCCAACAUGAAGCAGUGGCUGUCGGUUGUGGCUUUGGAAUCUCUCUUUAUGCACAUAUGUCACCAGUCCUUACUCCAGAAGAGACGCUGUUUUUUUAACGUGACAAACUCAAAUAACAGUGGAUACUAUUCUGCUGGUAAUGUGAGUGGCUCCGUGCAGCUCUGUGAAAACACCGACUGCUGUUUGGCCAUUUAUAAAAUCAAAAAUGGCACGCAGCAGGUCGACACUCUUGCAUGCAACAGGGUAAUUAUGUCUUGCCCGGAGGCAACCUGCAAGCCGCAACCACGCAUCAAAAAUAGCUUUAUUAUAUGUACUUGCGGAACAGACCUGUGCAACAUAAACAAAUCAUGGAGUCCAGAACAACCUGCAGAAACCCACUUUUAUACAGCAGUUGAAAUCACAAAAACAGUGUUGGUGUUGGUGGUGUUGGUGGUGAUUCUGUUCUCUACUGUUUUCAUCGUCAUUGCUUCCAAGUGGAGAAGACUCUGCAAGAAAAAAAGAAAAUUCAGGAGCUUUGCACAUCCCAAAAUGGACAUCCAAGUUGCAGAGGAGCAUCUUCUGUCUUCCUGUCAAGACUAUAAGGUCCAACAACUAUGUUCCUGUCAAAGAAAAGCUUCAGAGAACCAGAUUACUGACAUUGAACUACAGGGGGUUCUGGGACAGGGUCAGUUUGCUACUGUUUACCAAGGGAAGCACAGGAGAUCUAUGGUGGCUGUGAAAGUGUACCCUGCAAAGUGGAAGCAUCAUUUUAUUAAGGAAAAGGAGGUGUACGAGCUUCCACUGAUGAAGCAUGAGGGGACGGCCCAGUUCUUAGGCACAGGGAGGAAACCAGACGAUGGAAGCCUGCUCAUUGUGCUUCAGUACGCUGAAUAUGGUUCUCUUCAUUGUUUUUUGUGUAAACAUACCAGCAGCUGGAUGCUGUCCAUGAAGCUAUGCCAGAGCUUAUCGGAGGGACUUUCCUAUCUUCACUCUGACCUCCACGGCAAUGACAUGCACAAACCUCCUGUUGCUCACAGAGACCUCAGCAGCUCUAAUGUACUGGUGAGAGCCGAUGGGACCUGUGUCCUGUGUGAUUUUGGAUCCUCUACUAUCCUGCGUUCCUGUUUAGGACAUCGCUUCUGGCAGGACCACUCCACAAACAUGGAGUAUUGCACGCUCAACUACAUGUCCCCUGAGAUCCUGGAGGGCUCUGUGAAUCUCAGCAGCAGCUCAUUUCUCCUGCAAGGAGACAUCUAUGCCUUGGGUCUGAUUUUAUGGGAGAUAUGGAUGCGAUGCUCUGAUUUAUUUCCAGGUGCCGCUGUCCCACAGCAUUUCCUGCCUUAUCAACUGGAGCUGGAGGCCAAUGUAACAAUGGAGAGGCUCAUCCUUUAUGUGUCUGAGAUGGACAGAAGACCCUCCAUACCUGAAAACUGGGACAUGUUACCACAGGGACUUGUGCUGAAGGAGCUGCUGAUAGGCUGCUGGGACCGCGACACAGAUGCUCGACUGACCGCUCCAUGUGUGGUAGACAGAUUAAUCUCUAUGUAGCCUUCUUAACAUUAUGGUUUUUGGUCUUUUUUUUCAGUUGACACAUUUAAGUAAACACAGUAAUACUAAUAGUGUUCUUUUUGCUUCACCACUGUGUGUUGAAUCUGUUUAUUUUUAACAGACUGGAUAGGCGCAUACUAAGAAUUCACAUGUAAUCUGCUUGUAGACUUUCAAUUAAAGACUGUUUGAUGAUG